CGGGCGCGCUUUCUCCGAAAGAGAAAUGCGUGAGUGUAGUCGAUGUGCUACUAGUACAACUGGGAGCGCGCGUGCGCGUGUAUUUGCGUUUCCUCGCAGUAAGUUGAGGAGCGCGACACAUUUCAGUGCAAAGGAAGGUUGCUUUUCUUUAGUAAGUUUAGAAAAAGAGUCACUAGUUUUCUGUAAGUGGUGAAAUCAUGUCUGCCCCAGCAGCUAAAGUGAGUAAAAAGGAGCAGAACUCGAACCACGACGGAGCAGACGAGACCUCUGAAAAAGAGCAACAGGAAGCUAUUGAGCAUAUUGAUGAAGUACAGAAUGAAAUUGACAGACUGAAUGAACAGGCCAGUGAGGAAAUCCUCAAAGUCGAGCAAAAAUACAACAAGCUUCGCCAGCCAUUCUUUCAGAAGAGAUCAGAACUCAUUGCCAAAAUUCCCAACUUUUGGGUCACUACAUUUGUGAAUCACCCACAAGUUUCUGCCCUCCUUGGUGAGGAAGAUGAAGAAGCACUUCAUUAUCUGACCAGGGUGGAAGUAACAGAAUUUGAAGACAUCAAGUCAGGCUACAGAAUAGAUUUUUACUUUGAUGAAAACAUGUAUUUUGAAAACAAAGUCCUAUCCAAAGAAAUUCACCUGAAUGAAAGUGGAGACCCAACUCCAAAGUCAACAGAGAUCAAAUGGAAACCAGGAAAGGACCUCACAAAUCGUUCCAGUCAAACUCAGAGUAAAGUGGGAAAGAAGAGGCAACAUGAAGAGCCUGAGAGCUUUUUCACCUGGUUCACUGAUCACUCUGAUUCAGGAGCAGAUGAGUUGGGGGAGGUCAUAAAGGAUGACAUCUGGCCAAAUCCUCUGCAGUAUUACCUGGUCCCAGAUAUGGAGGAUGAGGAAGGAGAGGAUGAAGAUGAAGAAGGUCUAGAAGACAUAGAUGAAGAGGGAGAAGAUGGAGAAGAGGAUGAUGGGGAGGAUGAUGGGGAGGAGGACUGAAGGAGGAGGGGGGGAGCUGACCAUAGUCAUCACUGCUUGGUUAUGUCUGCCACAACACUUCUGCUUUUUUUUGGUGAUUCUUGGGAGCAAAAAUGCAUCCUUUUUACCCUCCUUUCUUCUUGUCUUGUGGGUCCCCCUCCAUCUCCUGUCCUGACAGUGCCAUGUUGAAAUCCACCCAGGAAGAGACUUAAUAAACUGACUGCAAAAUACUGCCGCUAUGGCAAUUAAUCUCAAUUCCCAAGUAUAUUUUUGAGGAUUAAAACAAAGUGAAACACACUGUAAUAUAAGCGGCACACUGUCUGGAGUAGACUUGCGAAUAGGGUAAAUUUUUUUUUUUUUAUAUGAAUCUAAAUGUAUAUGCACAUCUCGUCCUGUUAGUGCAGUUAAAUGAACAAAGGCCAUAGUGCGUGAUGUGUAUUUCCAGCAUCCUUUUUAACAGCUUUGUUGCUCGUGGUGUUGCAACUGCUUAGUGAUCUUGAAUUUUUCCCUUAGCUUGUGGUUUCAAGGACAAAUCACAACCUUACACCUGUCCCCUCUGUGAGCUUGUAAUUUUAUGAGGGCUGUGACCCUAAGUGAGGGAGGAAACAAGGGUAGUUGGAUUUUUUUUUUAAGUUUGGUUUCAGACAUUCAUUGAAUUUGAAAUGACAUUUUGAUAAAAUAAAAUCUUUCCAAAAAAAAAAA